CACACACACACACACACACACACAUUCAGACAGACAAACACACACACAUGUACUCACACACACACUUCAGGAAGUUAUUACUGUAUAGUGUGUGGGUCAGAAAUAGCCCUGAAGUGCCUGCCUGACUGGGAGUGACCUAGCCCUCCUCUCCUCUUGGCCCUGUCAAUCACAGCUCAAAACAAGAUGGCAGACUGGACAGGCUGGAGAUUUAUUUUAACAGUGUAUGUGACCAGUGUACUAGUGGUCAAGGCAGACAUCAAGGCUUAUACCCCUGUGGGACAGCUGUUUGUGUUCGAGCUGCAGAGAGAGGCCUUCCAGAAUGAAUUUGAACCCUUCCUGAAACACUAUGGGCGGGUCUACAAUGAUCCCAUGCUGUUUAAGUGCAACAUGCAGUCCUUCCCAGACCUGCCUGGCUGGCUUCGAUUUACCCAGAGGCACCACUAUGAUAACGGCUUCCUCUACGGCACCCCACUAGCCCAGGGAAAGAGUAUGAUAGAGAUCACAGUGACUAACAAACGGAGCUAUGACACAUUCAGAGACAGACUGAUCAUAACGAUUGACCCUCCAGCAAAGAGAAUGCCCUACCAGGCUGAGUUUUUCAUCCCACUAAGGGAGAUUGAGAAGGUGCUGCCCUCUACAGUUCAGGAAGAGAUCAGGCAGGAUAUGAUGAGGAUGUGGAAGACAGACAGGCUGGACUUUGUCAACAUCACGUCUGCGUUGGACCGAGGUGGCCGUGUCCCUCUACCUCUGGCUGGACACUACGAAGGGGUGUAUGUGAAGGUGGGUUCAGACCAGUACUUCUCUGAGUGCUUGUUGAGGCUCCAGACUGCUGAACAUAGGAGACAGUGUGAGGCCGGGGGCAGGGCUAAGAUCCCUGGGGACUGCAAGGUCUGCUCCUACCCAGGCAACUGUGUCACCUGGUGCAAGUCCACACUGAUUGAUCUGUCCAGACCAGUGAUCCCCCUCCCUGCCCCCACCAUGGGCCCAGGUAUCCUGGAUGCUGGGGGGUCUAUGACCCUCCUGAGUCCCCCUCCCAGAGACUUCCUGCCAGACUACAUUGUGACUGUGAUCGUCCCCCUGGCUCUGGCCAUCAUCCUGUGUCUCCUACUGGCCUACAUCAUGUGCUGCAGACGAGAGGGAGUUGAGAGAAGAGAUGGAAAGACACCAGAUAUCCAGCUCUACCACCACCACACCAUCCAUGGUAACACCAGUGAGCUGCGGAGCAUGGCUGGGUGUCGUGGGGUCCCUCCUCCCCUCUCCACCCUGUCCAUGUUCAACGCUCGCACCGGAGAGAUGGCCCCACCGUUCCAGACUGACAGCCCCAGCAUCCCCCUCAUCCUGGCCCAGCAGUGAGUAGUCUACUGUUACUACUCAAUCCUAGCCUGGUGGUCUAGUUGGUCUGU